AUGUGGCUCUUAUUCGUUUCUUCACUUUUGAUCAUGCUUCACGAAACAGCGGCGUUCGCUCUAAGGCGCUCUCAGCAUUUCCAGAUGCAACGAAGGGUGGAUAUCAAUCACAUACACGCGUUGCGCACUGUCGCACCGCGAGUAUUGACUUCUCGGUUUACAACUCCACUUACCCAGGACGUUGCCCAAAGAGACGCAUCGUUUGAUAACGUGAACGGAGAUCAUUCGAGAGAGAGCCCUUGGAAGUUACUGGAGGGAGUUAACAUCACAGUCAGUGCCAACGAACUUCUUCCAUCGGCUCCGCCUCUAUCCUACAACAAGUUUCUAAUCAUGCAAGAUAAAAGGGUAGUGGUAACAAUAAGAUAUUCAAGCGGGGCCGGACUAAAGCCAUACUUUCUAACGGUGGCGAAGAAGCUCAAAGCCUCUCACACCGACGUGAUUAUUGAGCGUCGAAUACUUCCAUCAGUCGACAAGGAUGAGGGGGAAGAAGCAACUUUUGAAGUCUUGGUUGACGGAAAGAUUGUGGUUGGAAAGGGUAGGCCCCGGAAGCAGAAGGUUGCUCGAGUCGACAUGUCAUGGGCGCGGAGUGUAUUUGUAUCUAUGCAAGAACUCGACCUCAAUAUUUCUCGUGCCCGACGGCGGCGAAGACCGUCCACAAUGGUCUAUGGCGAGGACAAUCCACAAGCUCCUCUCGAAGGAUCGCAAGAUUAAAUUCCAAUUAACAGUAAGUUGGGUCCGAAUACCAGAAGUUGGCGGUAGAGCAAAAACUGAAGAAAUACAGAUACAGGUUACAGUAUUCUCGCCGCAUUCCUCCUACAUAAACAUAUUGCAUUAGCUAUAUCGCAGUGCCAAUAAUGUCUCCUUUGCACAUUUG